AUGUCCUCGGCUCCCAUAAGGCAGCCGCGCGGACCGCCCCCCGUGUCCGCCGCCAACGCCUUCCCUCCAGGCGGCCCGUCAGCCGGGCCCCCACCCCCAGACGCCGAGAGCCUUCUCCGCCGUAACAAGACGGUCGCGACGCCGCGCAGCGGCCCCCCACCACCCGUCUACCACACGGCGACAGACCGCGAAGCCCACCGUCGCUCGUUUGGCGGCGUCGCAGCUGGAUCCAGCAUCGGCAUGGGAUCCGGCGCGGCCGGAUCGGUGGGAGUUCCUGGUUCGGCCAGUGCACACGAGCAGCAGUCCUCUGGCGGCAGCAGCUUUGGUGGUGGUGUCCCGCCGUCGCGCUUCCGCUCUGGAUCGUUCUCAGGCCUUGGCGGCGUGCCCAGCAUCGUGCCCUCGGGCCACGCGGGCGUCGUCGGCGUCGUCGGCGGUGUCGGUGUCGGCGGAGUGGGUGUUGGCGGUGUCGGUGUCGGUGAUGUCGGCGGUGUGGGCUCUGGCCUCGUCCGUCGACAGAGCGCACGAGACGCCUACGCUUCCCGCGUCGCCGCGCCUGCCGCCGAGGAGACCCUCAUCGAGACCGAGGCCGCCGACGAGCACGACACGUCGGCCACAGAGCGCGGAACAUGGGGCAAGGGGUUGGCACGCCAGAGCUCGCUUCCAUCCCGCAGGUCCAUGGCCACCAGCGAGUCGGCACAGUCCAACCCUCCGGGCUCGAUGAAGCCGCCUCCGCCUCCUCGUCCGCCCCGUCGCGUUUACCAGCCAAGCGAACAAGAGCCUGCGUCGCCGCCCCCUGGUACUCAGGCAUCGCACUCUCGGAACAGCUCACACAACCCGUCACACUCUCUGUCAUCUCUCAGCAUGAUCACGGGCGGUCUCGACCCCAACAACCCGGGCAACUCGCCCAUCGCCACCACCCCAGGCAGCGCCGGCCAUUCAGCUGGUUUCCCGACUCCCGGCCAACCUCAAAGUGCUGGUGUGUCACGCACCCAGAGUCUUCGCGCACACAUGCAGUCCAACCCCCAGGUGGACUUUAGCACCCUCGGCCGCAGUGCGUCCAUGCGCGCACCGGGCGAGCUCGCGUACUCGCGCAACAUGCACACGAGCCCCGGCCCUCCCCACGCAUUCAGUGCCGCCACCCCCCCACGUCCAGGCAAGGCCCACCCAUCGCUGUAUGCCUCGAGCGAAGACGGCCACGGCGACUACGAGCCUGUCAGUGACAUCCGCCGUCACCAGAGCCUCACGUACGGGUCGUCGGCGCGCAACCGUGAGCGCCUGGAGCGUUCACAGGCGUUGCUCUCGCUCGACCAGCGCGAGGAUUUGCGCCGGCGCCUCGCUGCAUCGCCUUCCGGGUCGCAAUCAGGUGCUGCGGGCGAAGGGCGCAGGCACUCGCGCCAUUUGUCAAUCGGCAUGGACGAUACCAACCCCAUCGGCCGCACCGUGUGGACACCUGGCGCGCCUGCUCCCGGCGACGACGGAUGGUCGUCGUCGGCGCAGCAGCUCCAGGCCCAGCAGCUCCAAGACGCUCUGGACGCACUUUCCCUCUCCGGCCGUGAUGUCACGCACCAGCAGGCGCCAGCCGCGCACCCAGGCGAGGAGCCCUCGUGGGUCACCAACCUCGUCGGCAUGCCUGGCCAGCCGUCACCGCAGCCGUCGGCACGCACCCUCGGCGCCGGCUGGGACGAACGCAGUGCCCCCUCACCGUACGGUGUGCCCCACUGGGGCACUCCCGGCGGCCAGCAGCAGCUCCACCCCAACCUCGGCGGCCUCAUGCCGCACCAGCAGCACCAGCUGUACGCCCAGGCGCAGGCCCAGCUCAAGCUCGCGGCCGGUCUCGGCGGCGGUUCCCUUGGGCCCGUCCCCGUUCUUCCUCCUAUGCAGCUGCAGCCCCCCUUCAUGGGCCAGGGAGCCUUCAUGGGCGGGCCUGGGUCGUACACUCCAAACUACCCCACUCCACCGACCACGGCAAUGGGCGGCGGCGGUCCUGGCGGUCAGCACGUUGGCGGCCACGGUGGUGCGGCGGGUGGCCCUCCACUCUCGGCCCAGGACCUGGAUGUCAUCGAGCUGGCACGCAGCAAGGGCCUCAACCCAGCAGCCUUUGACUGCCGCCCGCCCGUUGCGCGCUUCUUUGUUAUCAAGAGCUACACCGAGGACGAUGUUCAAAAGUCGCUCAAGCACGAAAUCUGGUCGUCGACCGUCCUGGGCAACAAGCGCCUCGACACGGCCUUCCGCGAGAGCCACGACCGCGGACCCAUCUACCUCUUCUUCAGCGUCAACGGCAGUCGCCACUUUUGCGGUGUCGCCCAGAUGCUCACGCCCGUCGACGAGACCCAGUCAUCGACCGUCUGGGCCCAGGACAAGUGGAAGGGUAUCUUCAAGGUGCGCUGGAUCUUUGUGCGCGACGUCCCGACCGCUGCGCUCCGCCACAUCCGCCUCACCAACACGCCCGAGCGCAAGCCCAUUACAAACUCGCGCGACACGCAGGAACUGCCGUACGAGGCCGGCUGCGAGGUCCUCCAGAUCUUCCUCGAGCACCAGCACAAGUCCAAGACAUCGCUCCUCCAGGACUUUGCCUACUAUGAGCGUCUGAGCGCCGUCCGCGGCGUGCCCGGCGGCCCCGGCGGUCCUGGCGGUCCUGGCGGUCCUGGAGGUCCUGGAGGUCCCGGCGGUCCCGGGAACCACGGGAGCCCACACCCACCCAUGCCUGGUUCCGGACACAUGACGCCGACGCCUCCGAUGCACUACGGCGGCCCGCAGAUCGCGCCGCCGCCGAGGGUCUGA